UAUAUGCGCUGGUUUGCUCAUACUUAUCAUGUUAUGCGGUUAACAAUUAACACAUAUAAGACAAAGUGUGCAGAGAAGGAAGCUUCGACUGUCAUAAUUCUGAUUUCCCUUGUUCACACUUUGCUCAACUGUGUAGCUUUGUGAAGGAAAUUUUCAAUUAAAACGGGAAAGCGGGAUUUAACAAAAAGUUGACAAUUUCAUUCAAUCUCACAAACUCACAAUUUAUAGUGAGCGUUUCAUAGUUAAAAUGUUAUGAAAGCAUGCUUAAUUCCUCAGUCUAGUGUAUAAUUUGAAAUGGAAUUUUCGAAUCGAAUUAGUAGCUAGCACUAGCAGGAAGACACAACAGCGGGAAACCAUUUAGCUCAUUUACAGCUAGCACCGGUGGACUCAACUGCGGUGUGUCUGCUUCGCAGGGACAAACUUACAUAAACAAUUCACUAAAUCUAUUUUUUUUUAAGCAGAAGCUUAUAGUGCAACGUGAAUUCGUGGUAUAUAGUGAAUUUGUGAAUUUAUUUACAGUACAUUGGCCUCGUUGAACACGAUUUGUAGGAAACAGCCAGUUAGCAUUAGCAGCUACCGGCCGACGUUCGUGAAAAGAAACGAAGAUGGCAGCAGGAAUGUGCGUCAGGAAGAGCAAGGAGGAUACUGCUGAGUGGACUGGAUUAUUUGCGACCAACGUCAAGAGCAAGGAGCAGUCCCUUGCCUUCGCCAAGAGGAUGCUGGCUGUGGCCGUGUCCUCCAUCACCUACCUCCGAGGCAUUUUUCCUGAACAUGCCUACCGGCCCAAAUACUUGGAAGAUCUGUGCAUCAAGAUUUUGCGGGAGGACUGCAGGACUACUGGAGCUAACAAAGUUGUCAAAUGGCUAUUUGGCUGUUUCGAUGCACUGGAGAAACAAUAUCUUGAGGUUGUGUUCAUCGGGGUAUACACCAAUCCAAAUGAACCUAAUCACAUUAUUGAGUCCUACAGUUUCAAAUUCAAGUACACCGCGACAGGUCCAGGGAUGGAUAUACUUGGGGACAAUGGUGUUGAGGUGAAGGUCACAAUGGAAGACACCAAGAGAGCAUCUGUGCUUCUGAUCAGGAAGCUUUUCCUGCUCCUGCAGAACCUCAGCGUCCUUCCUCACAAUAUCCACCUGGCCAUGAAGCUCUACUACUAUGACGAAAUUACUCCAGCGGACUACGAGCCACCGGGCUUCAAGGAGGGCACAUGCGACAGCCUGUGGUUUGAAGGCACAGCCGUGCACUUCACAGUGGGUGACGUCCAGACGACCUUCCACAACUUUCAAGUGCGAGUGUCUGCUGAUCAAAGUCGCCUGGAGAAGCUUCAAGACAGAGACCAUCAGGAGACCAAGCAGAUGAUCACUUCAGAGAGAGAAGUCGACAUGGGCCCAUGCAAGAUAGUGUCUGCUGAUGACGAUCGGCCGUCUGAAGAUGAGUCAUCACAGUUCAAGAGACCCACAAAGCCCGUGGUAAAGGUACGUUCAAUUCAAGGCACACUCAUGCAAAGCACUACAUGGGAAGCUUUUGCUUUUACCUUGGUUUCUAUUUAGAGAAAGACAGCAACCAAAAAUGUGACAAGAAAGAAGAGAAGACGACGUUGUGUGUAACAUUGACCAAAAAGACGAUCAACACGCUAAUCACAAGUGUAUUGUUGCACAUUUUAUUUCUGCAACACUGUUGAUUGUAAUGUUACAUUAUAUUUCAAUUCAAGCUGUUCCUAUGUUUUACUGAAACACUUUUCACAUGGCAGAAUGUUAUUGUGCCAUUUCUAUUCAAUUUGCAGUAGUGUACUGCAAAUUGUUGUGUGAAUUUGUAUGUUCAUAAAUAUAUUUUUCAGUGAGUAUUCAA